AUUUUUGCAUUAUUCAUUUUAUAUAAUUUUAAAGCAAAUGUUUUGUUGUUUAAUUUUUUACUCUCGUAUGUAAAUUGUAUGUCAUAUUUUAAAAUAUUUCUAAAUAUUUAAGAGAAAAAGAGAUUUUUGUGAGAAUUAUUUUUAUUUUGGUCAAUGUUUCUACGCCAUUGUCAAAAAUUACUUUGACAUUGAGCGUCGUAUAUCGAGGCAAAUCGUAGGUUAUGUCAAAUAGUCGGAAUCAAAGAUAAUUGAAAAGUUAGAGAUUCCGGGAUGAUGAAUAAUCGAGAAGAAGUGGACUUGUACCGGGACACAUAUGUGAGAUAUUUAGGUUAUGCAAAUGAAGUUGGAGAGGCAUUUAGGAGCCUAGUACCAAAAUCUAUUGUGUGGUUCAGUUAUGCACUGUCGAGUGGAUAUGUUCUUGCAGACACGGUGCACAAGGGUGCAAAAGUCUACCAAACAGAUGCUACUCCACAAAAAACUAAGAAUGUUCUAUUGUCCACAUCGGACACUUUGAUAUGGCAGUCAUUUGCGUCUAUAAUAGUUCCUGGUCUUACCAUAAAUAGAAUUUGCGCAGCAGUUUUGUUUGCGCAAAGAAAAAGUACAAGAGUGGCUUUUAAAAAGCCUUGGAUUUCAACACUUAUUGGUUUGGUAUCCAUACCUUUUAUAAUACAUCCGAUAGAUCAUGCUGUGGAAGGAGCAAUGGAUGUUACAUAUAGGAAGUGGACAGGAUACCAUCCAAAAGCACUUUUAUGUGGAUUUAAACAUGAGUAACAAAAUGUAGUCAAUUAAAGGUAUAGUAUAUUAUUAAUUUGAAAGAGGUCAUGCUUAAAACAAUAUUUUGAUGAACAUAUUGAGGAAUGUUUCAUUUUUAACACAAGAUAGUUAAAAGGCCUUAAAUAAUGAUGGAUUAUUAAUAAUGAUGGAUAAAUAUAAUUAUAUUUUUCAUAAUUUUUAUUAUUGAAAGAUGAUAUAUAUAUAUAUGAUGAUGAUGACAAAUUUGAAAGUUUUUUAUCUGAAAGUUUUAUUAAAAUUAUUUAUAAUUUUUUUAUAAUGAUAUACAAAAUAAAAAAAAAAUUAUGUAUAAUAUGAAAUAAGCUUUAUCAAACAAAAAUAUAAGAAAUUAAAUUUAAAGAAGAUUUUAUUAACAGAAACUUCAAAGAAGCUUUAUUAAGAUCGAAAUCUGUUAAAUCACUUUUUAGAGAAACAUAAGCUUAACAUUAGCUUAAAUUUUCACGACCUCUUGAUAUAGAUACAGUAAAAUAUUACUGCCAAAUAUAUUCUAAGAUAAUAUUACAAUGCAAGAUAAUAUUAUAAUAUUAGUUAAUAAGAUAAUAUUACAAUACAAGAUAAUAUUACAUUAGAAUAUUUUAUUAUUAUAAUUGCAAAAAUGUUAAAUAUUUUUGUUAUAAUGUACAUAUUACACAGUUGUAUGUGCAUUAAGAUUUUUAGCACGCUGGCUUUCGUGCUACAAUUGUUAAGCUGUUGAAUAAAAUUAUUGAUUCUAGAU